UGGGCUAAAUACGCACCCAGUAUGGUUGAAAUGGGUGAAGUUUUAAUGGAAAGGAAAGCAGAUUAUAGUCAGGUAUGUUUCAGAAAUAAUUGUAUUAAGUUGUAAUGUAAGAUGAACGAAAACCCGGCAUGAAAUCUCAAGGGGCAACCCAGGUAUGCUGGCUGGCUGGCUGUGCCUUGUACUUUUGUGGUUUACGUUGGUAGCAGGAGAACAAGUUAGAGGUUGAUGUUGACGUGCUGUGAAAAUAUUGUUAUAAGUCAUCGACUUUUAUUUUCCUUCUUGGUUGGUUAAAGUAACGAUAAAAAGGGCUGGUUGGUUUAAGGCGAUCGUUCGAUCUAACUUUGUUUUGAAAUUGCUUGGCUUCAUAGAGAGCCAAUUCCGAUCAUGUAGCUUUUUAGCGUACAUGAGACAUCGUGCCCUACGGUCCAAUUUUUUUCGGUUAGUUUAAUCCAUCAUCAGAUAUAGGGCUUCCUUGCUGUUACGAUAUUUCAAGCUAAUAAUUUAUACACGAAUACAACCAAGUUCCUGAAAGCUAUAUUAACGCUCCCGCUCUGUGAGUGUCGUCGAUUUCGCCAACUCGCGCGCUCCUAAUCCACGAUUGUUUACUUUUUGAAGAAUUCGUACUUUGAAAUAUCAUAUAUUUAACUACCAAGACAUGUCAUUUUUAAUGAAAAGAAAUUAUUGGAUGGCUUCUGUGGAAAGAAUCAUCUUGUGAUAGUGUGUAAAAGGGUUCUAAUAUUUUUUGUUGACAACGUAAACGGUGCUCUCGAUGUGAGUUAUGUCGUUCUGUCACACUCCUUGCACAGAAUUUGACAGGGUCGAGGGCAUUUUCUUUGUGUUCAAGCUAUUGAACUAUUCUCGCUACCAUUUACCAUCUCUACAGUCCUAGAAGUAGUACAUGGGGAUAUUAUUGUUAAUAUUAGCGAUAAAAUCCACUCUUCUAUACCUGCAAUUGUGACACGUUUUGUCAUGGUAAUUUGAGCAAGAUGAUCAUUGAAAGAAAUGAGAAUUAUAUUGGAGUGAGUCAAAAGAUCUGAAAUUAGGCGUAAGAGCUGUCUGUGUGAUAAAUAAACAACGUUAUUUUUUUAAGCCUUGAGUAUCAGUUUUUAGUGCAAAAAUCGUUCUUAUUCACAACGAUACGUUGUAAGUACAGACUUUAAAGCACUUAAGUUUAUAUUAUGAAAAUGGUGAAGUCGUCUGAUCUGUGGUAUUAAAUUAAGAAAGCUCAUAUUGAAUGAAAGCGUUUGUCGAUAUACAUAAUUAUGAGGACUUCAAAAUAGCAUUCUAAAACUAUUGCUUUGUUUUUGGACUAACUCUAACGGAAACAAGCUUGCAGAAAUCUUCCUGACUAGUUGUAUUGGCAGAAAUGAUGAAUAGUUGUAUGCAUCUUAAGUGGGAAAUAAAUAAUGGUCUCUCUUGUGCAUGCAAAGAUGUUAAUUAGAGUUAAAAUGUUUUUUUUAUGCGCAGCUUGCACUGCUACGUGUAAUUCUUGGUUCAUUGAUAUUAAAUUUUCAUUUCAAUCUUAAAACACUUUCCUUUCCUUUGUUUUUGACCUGCUUGGCUAUGUAGCUAUUGACCUCAUGAUAGCGCCCUGUUACUUACUUGAGAUGAAAUCCAUUUGGCCAGUCAUUACUGAUAUCUGUUCGGAGGUGGAAUAUAAAUUCAAUACCUGCUGAAAUGCUGAGAUCCUUGUUAAAAAUCCCACUCUGCGGAGGAAAAGUUUAAGACUCCAAUAUUGGAAGAAACAUGCACAAAAUGCAAGACUGAUUUUAUAGUACCAUAAAAUUCUGAAAUUAAGCCCCUCCAUGUAUAAACCCCUCCAAAUUUAAGGCCCCCGGGGGGCUUGUACUUGGAAAUCACCCUCAAAUACAAAGUAAAACAAAGAAAAACGGUAAGUUUCCUACCAAGAAUAAGGCUAACCCAAUCAAUUUCUAAACGUAAAUUUCCAUCUGUACAUAACCCCUCCGAAUAUAAGCCCCUCAAAAAGGGCCCUUGAAAAAUAUAAGCCCUGGGGCUUAUUUUCGGAAUGUUACGGUAACUGCUUCUAAGAUGCAUGUAUUAUAUGCGAUCUGAUCUAAGUUUUGGAUUUAGCUUUCCUAAAUCCAUGAUUUUUUAGAAUAACCAUUUGCACCUCUAUUCAUGUAGAGAAUGAAUAGUCUUUGUUUAGCUUCAAAAUUCUUAAUCAGGUUAAUACAUGUAUAUUAACUUACCCUUAGUUCUUAGACAUUGUUAGUAGCAUAGUAAUAAAUAUAUAAUUUUAACAAUCCCGUAUAAUUUGCCAUUUUUAGGGUUACAAUAAAACCACCCGUGGAAUGGUAAAGGAUCCUCUUAUCUUAAAUCACAAGCCACUUCUUAAUGGAGACUUUGAAUUUCUUGGCCGGCAAUACCGCUCUUCCUCAGAGGUUAGUUACCCCUGUUUGUCCUAACAGUAACACUAACACUCAUGUUACUCAUUUAAAAACAAUGUUUUGGUGUCUGCAAUGAACGUACAAUUUCAGAUCUGUGUAAUAGUUUGCUUGGGGUUUAGUCUAGAAAUGCUUUUUAUCAUUGUUUUACAAAAUACAUUACAUUAUUGUGUAAAUGAUGAGACGUGCAGCUGUUUAAUGCAGAAAACUCUACAGAAGUCAAUAAUAUUAACCCUUUUUCUUAUAGUGCUCUUCAGACUCACAACUGGACACACUGCUCGAAGAAGCUGACAAAAUACAGACAUCAAAAAAUGGUUUUCGAAAGGUAAAGUUAUGCCAAAAGUAGAGCAUGGGGAAACUCUGUUACUGUGACCAUCAAAGGAUCUGAAAUAAGGCCAGGAAUAAAACAUUUAACUACAGCAUCAACUUACUCACUACAUGUGUAUUAAUUUCCAUUUGUUUUCCUUUUUUGUAAAGGGUGCUCCAGUCAAGAAACAAGUCCGGUUUAACAUGGAACGAAACAGGGAACAUUUUUACAGUUAUGCUCAGUCAUCAGAUGAUGAGAGCAGCCUCAUGAACAAUAUUAAUUUUGUAGAUUAUAACUUUCAAAGCAGUGAAAGUUAUGAAGAUGAGGAUGAUGAUGAUGAUGAUAGUGAUGAAAGUGAUGGUGAUGAUGACAAUUCUAAUGACGGCGAUGAGGAAUCGACUGACAAUAAUGAUCCUGAACUUAGUGAAGAAGACUCUAUUUUAGAAAAUGGCUAUUUAGUUGAUAAAAGUAAUCCUUCUUCUGAGAUUAACAACAACAGUACUGUUUCAAAUACAAGCAAAAACCCAGUGACAUUAAAAGGCACCACAAAUAUAAUAACUGGACUCAAUGGGACUACUGAAGAAAAUAUGACUAAUGGAACACUUGAUCACAAAGACACUAAGAAUGAUAAAUAUGAGGACAAAAGAUUGCCUGACCUCAAAACACAGGUGAGACAUGUUUGAAAUAGCUUUAGUGCGAGAUGUAAAAAUGCAGUUCCACUGCUAGUCUCCCUUGCAGCAUUUUUUGUCUAGUCACACAAUACUCCUCCCGAGUUUGUUGGGGAGGAGCAUUGUGUGACAUGACAAAAAUGGCUGCAAGAGAGCCUAUUUGACUGCUUGAUGCAUCAGAUUGUUUCAGGCACAUUUACAACGUACAAGUACAGUAUAAAUAUUUAUCACAUUAAUUUGCCAUUAUCUCAAGAUUAACAGUAAAACUUGUAUCAAGUGACCCCCAUAUUAAGUACACACUCUGUAUUUAAAUGAUAGGAGUGUAAGUUUCACACCAUUCUUCCCAUAUUUUCUGUAAAACAAACCUGUAUAAUUUUAGCAGGCACCUUUGUUAUGUGACACUAGUCACUGUUCUGUGGGUGUCGGCUUAAGGGUUAAGUGUGCCACAUCAAUUUUCUCAACACAAUAUCCAUACAUCAUCAAAAUAAAAGGUUAAAAACUGUUAUGAGAUGAUGAUCACCAAAGGGAAAUGUUUUGAAAUUCUCUCAACUAGGUUUUAAAGAAAAUGUAUGGAGAUCAGUUUGGAGAUUUUGUAUGUGGAUAGUGGGGCUUAAAAGGGAUGAAAAAGGUUUCACCAUAUUCAACGUAGCCUGUGUACAGACACACCGUUCCCUCACUUAAAAAAGGCGUCGUCUGUACACAGACUAGUUUCAACGUACUUCAGUUGAAAGUAAGCUCAUAGCUAUGAACAUCUUGGCCCUGGGGUGAGUCUCACACAUUUGUUAUUUGUCUGUCACUGUAAGUACAUUUUCAGUGCCAGAUCCAAACCUUGAGAUAAAAGGUCCACAAAAAAAUUUUUUCAGCCCUUUGGGCCUCAGUUUGGUCUAAAAAUAAGGGGGGGGGGGAGGGGGGUGGAUCCGCCACUGAUUUUAUACCGUUUUGAGUGAUUUUAACACAACUUAGACUUAAUGCCUUAAUUUUAGUUUACUCGUCAUUUUGUUCAUUUCAAAACAUGCAGAUUCUUGAGAUGGAGUCAUCUCUCAGAGAGAGGCGGGAUUCUUUUGAGCAGGAGAUGAGCAGCAUGACCUUAAAACUUGAGAAAGCCAGACAGGAAACUAACCAAGAGGUAUUGAACUUAAGGAAAUUUAAAGUUGUGUAAUAAAACCGUGCCUUUAGAGGGAGGUUCACUUAUGCAAGUUGACAGUAGAGUGUACUGACAUGCAGCUGUAGUAAUUUACACAGAUAUAAUCUUUUCCCCAUUUUGCGUAAAGAGCUCCUAAGGUUCAAGCCUCCUGUGACAUGGACAUCCAGGUUUUUUCCCCACCUGGAGACAACAAAGUUUGCAGUAAACCUUCAUUUUCAGUAACCAAGUGGAAAGAGUAAAACAGUUUCUACAGAAACUCUGAUACGUAAUACCACAAUAUUAUUCAUUGAGAAAAAAGACCCACCUUUUAUCAGCGUCUGGCAUAUAAAUUAUCAUGGUUUGUUUUGCUUUUAUUACAGAUGAAUAAGCUACAACUAGAGUUAGAGCAAAGAAGACGGCAGUAUAUAACCGAAAUGGCAGAUAUUGAUAGGCGGAGAGAAGAACAAAAGUAAGCGCAAUGUUAGCCUGCGUAGCAGGCGCUGGUUUUUUUUUUAGCGCUAGGGAAGUAAUCUCAAGGACGCGCGAGGAGAGAAAAGAAGAGGAGGCCCCUCCCCUUCGCGUGUUCCCCUCGCGUGGCCUUUAAAAAAAAUAACCGGCACCAGCGCAAUGUAUACUAGACAUGACCGCAUGCAACAAAGAGUUAAUUAUCAAUACACUGACCUUUUUCUUGGUCGAACAAUCUUGGGAACCAGUUCUAAUUGUCUGUGUGGACACCCUCAGAACCUCCUUGAAGAAAGUCUAACACUUUUUAUUCUUGAAACACCUGUAACCGCCUGUGUUGUACCACGAUCGUUGUACUACUUGUGACGUCAUUGUAAUCAGUUUUAAUGCACAGAAAAGUCUUUGAUGCGUAAGUUGUAGAGGACGAAGAAAUCGUGCUAAGCAUGCCGCAAUUUCAGUAAAAAGGCCAGAGACAAAGGCUAAACCAUUUCAAAUUGACUGGUAAAUGCAUGUGGAAAUUUGUCACUAAGGUAACCACGGGUACUUUACAAAUUUUUUCAGCGUUUUUCGCCAUGCGUUUCCCACGGCAGGAGUCAAGAAAAUUAUGUCCGAAGGAAAGGAAAGGAGGAAGAGAAGAAGUUUUUUUGUCUAAAUGGUCACCAGGAAAUUACUUUGAUUUUAUGUAAAAUUCGGUUAAAUUAGCGAAUAUUUGUACUGUGGAAAAUAAAUCGACAAUUUGUUUUUUGCUAUUGUUUCAAGAAAACUGAUUAAUUUUUUUUAGGAAACAAUUUGAAGAAGAGCUAGAGGAAUUUAGAAAUGAAAAGAAGCUUGAGGAGAGAAGACAAAGAUAUUAUGAACACGAGGUACAGAAAUUCUGUUACGUAGUUCAACAACUGGAGAUGCAUUAAAUUAGUUCAGAUGUGGUAAUUAUUUCUUGUUGUAAGGGCAACACCAUCUUUUCAGGAUGCUUUUAAAUUACACUAAUUGGACUUUUAAGUUAAGUCAUUUUGAAUAUUUUAGCUUUGUUUGUAAAGUUCAUUUUAAGAUAACUAUUUCAUAUUCUCUAUGCAGGCGUCAAUAACCCAAAUGGAAAAAGAACUCAAUCAAAGAACACAAGAAGUUCGGGAUCGAGAUAAAGAGGUAAAAAAAAGGUUUGAUUCGUUUCACUGAAAAAAUUACACAAAUAUGUUUCUCUGCUUUUGUUUUUUGAGAAAUAUUUCGCAAUCACACUAAUGAACUAGUCAGAAGCGAAAGGAAGUGUUGAAGACAUCGUGCGCGGCAAAACGCACGAGAUGAGUUGGAGCAAGCUACAACCGUUUUCGUUUUGUUAGUAACAAUAGGUUAAAAAGGUGUCAAGGUAACCAUAAGUUCAGAUCCAAUUAUAAUGGUUAGUAUGCCCUGAGUACUGGAUUUUUCCGGUCCCGUUAAACGGAGCUUUUUAGCUAGGGUAGGUCUUCUGCAAUACUUGCUGAACUUCCCGUUGUAAUUGCUAUUUCUAAUGGGCUUGUUUUAUCACGUUACAGAUUCGUGAAUACGAAGAAUACUUAAACAGGCGCCACAAUGUGUGUAACAGUAAAGAAGAGGAUUUAAAUAUUUUACAAAACGUAAGUUGUCUAUUCUCCUGAAACUCUUCUUCCACAAACAUAUAAGGAUGAGCAAAAAGAGGUCGCACGUCUCUGGGAUGCAAUCUUGUUCGACGGUCUUUAAAAGUGCUGUUCCUUAACCUUGUAAGAUAGUAAGGCACUGAAAAAGAAAGACUUCUUCCGAACAGUUUUCGUGUAAAAUGGCAAAAUCACAGGACUACAUCCACAGACUGAAAAUUUAGAACUGCAGAACGUUUUCAUUAUUGACUCACUCGUAAGAUCUCGUAAAUUGGUUUUACGUUCAAAACUCGCAAAAAUCUUCUACGUAAUGUAACGUACGUAAUGCGGCAAGGUUAUGUUAUUUUUUCCGUUAUAGGAACUGGACGUUUUAGCUAAGGAACUAGAGGCGAAAAAAGCAAAGCUUCUAAAUAAACAUCAACUGAUACGUGAUAGUUCUGAGGAGGACAUGGUGGUCUCCACCCCUCCCCUGAGAUCAAGGUAUGUAUACUCACCAUCAACCCCUCCCCUGAAAACAAGGUAUGAGGGAGUUACCAAAUUUGUAUUGGAAAUAAAUAAGCAAAUAAAUAUUUAGUCAAUUUAAUAUCAUGAUUUUCUUUGUUACUUGAAAUGAGUGAUAAACAGUGCGGAGGAAACACAUUUCGAUAACAGAGCGUUUUUAUGGGCUAUGUAAAUUUAUUGGAACAAAAGAAAGUUUGUACAUAAGAAGAGAGUUUAACUCGCACAGGAUUGUUUUGGAACACCAACAUGGCCGCUGUUUUAUUAUUUCGGGAAACCAAUAUAAUCGUGGUCGUCAAAACGCAUCCUAAUCUGGUGUUCCUGUGGCACAAAGGCAAAAAUUUUCGAGCUAUCACGGGCGACUGCAAAUUAGCCGCCUCUAUUAAUUUUAUCAGGGGCAUCUCGGCCGGGAAACGACACUCCUUCUGACCCGAUUUCGUUUUCGUAAGUGACGAACGCGGAUCCGUAAUCAAUGAUUACCUCUAGUGAUAAUAACAAUAUAGGUGAAGUGACGUCAUGUGAAAACGCUGUUUACGGCUGACAGAGUUACACCUAAUUACAAUAACGUUGCCUUAGGGUACGUCCAGAAGAAUCCGGAUAUUUUUGAAACCGCAUACUUUUUCACACGAAUCGGCCCAGUCUGUCCACACGAAGCCAGUGAAUCCAGACACUCUCUCCAGAGCGGUUUAAGGUCCCGUCCACACGAAUCCAGAUAAAAAGUAUGCGGUUCAAAAAUGGCCGGAUUCGUGUGAUGGACAUGGCUUUGGAAAAAUGAAAAAUGGAAAAAGCCAAAUAGGAAUUAUUUAGGCCAAUUAUGCCACAUUCUUAGGGUGGAUUCCUUUGCAGCCGUUGCAUUUCCCCGCUGGAAUUUUUUUUUAUUGUUUUUCAGCUUUAAAACAAUAGCAAAUUCCAACCAGCAAAUGUACUACGUCCAUGUGCGGAAGCUGCAAAUGAAUUCAUCAGAAUGAUAAGCCUAAUAAAUUAAUUCCUAUUUGCCUUUUUCCUUUUUUCAUUUUUCUAUGACAACGGUUUUGCAAUUGGAAGUAAGUCCAUUAAAAUGAUUCUUUUUUAAACUUUCCGCAGGAGCGCCAGUCGAGCAAGUGUCGGCAGUAAAGGAGUUGAUAUUAGAAUAGAGGAAGUGAAGUCACAGAAUCGCCAGCUCCUGGAAGAACUUUUUACUUUAAAGAAAGCAUGUGAAAAUAAAGAUGAAGAGCUCACAGAGCUCAGAGAGAAGGUAUUUGACUUGUAGAGAUUACUCUCGAGGUUCUUAAUGACCAUAAUCAGGUUUUGUAGAAACCUGAUAAUCGUGUACCGUUUGCUUGUUCUGAUAGGGCUCGAACAUUCGCGCGGUCAUAGCAGUGUUUAGACACUCAUGGUUGCAGUUUACUCGCAAUAUGAUUUGUGUAGCCACUAAACGCCGAAGAAGCUUUUAACAACUCGUUUAAAAGAUUAAAUGAUAAUUUGUAAGUGUUGGUUGAUUGAGAAGGCAGAUAAAUCAAAAACAUUAAUCAAAGCAAGGGAAAUAACCAGUAAAAUUCUACCCAAAUGUAAGUUAACACCGGUUUGAGUCGAACCCAAGCCACGUUAGUAGGGGGCGAGUCACGGCCUUGCUAUCUGAAAUCAAACUCUGAGUAAACGCUACCUUGUUGAUAUAGAGAGUUUCCAUGGAAAGUUCGCCUAACAAGGUUUUUUCUCUGUGAUUACAGUGUCAUCUUGGAUUAACAUAGUGUUCUUUUUUCUCUUUCUCAGCUUGGUGUCUCUGAAAACGAGAGCAAGCGACUUCAACAGCGAGCAAAACACUUGGAAACACAGUUGGAACUUGCCCGAAAGACGGCAGAGAUCGGUGCGGAUAGUGUUUCAGUUGACGAGAUAAUGCGGAAAACCACACAAGACAUGCGCAAUGCACGGCCAUGCCGAAUUAUGCGACCGUCCCGUGCGGUAGCACCGUGCCCUUCAGUAUCCUCAGGUGUCAGGGUUCCACGAGGAAAUUCAAGCGAUUCUUUAGGGACUAAAAACACAACAAGUUCAGACUCUGGGAAAGGAACCAAGGAGAAUGGAAUGAAAGCUUCUAAAGGGUCUUCGGGUAAGAGGGCUCAGAGAGAAGGGACCGAAGGAAGGCAUAAGCUAGGGACUGAGAAAAUCACCAGCUCUCUUUGUACCAUCAUGUAGCCAAGUGUUGGCCCGCACGUAAGUUCUCCCAGUUGGGUAUUUGGGUGGGGCCAGGAGAGGGUGCAGUGAUGCUCUCUUGUCCUUCCCAUUCGUUGAGAGCUUGCUUGCAGGCUGGCUGACCUCUUGUAAUCAACUCGUGUCGCAAGAACACCAGGUUACAUUAGUGAAUAUAGGGAGCUUACAAAGAAGAUUUUUGAGCGACGCAUGUCAACUGGAAGUGCACGUUUUGCAUUCUUAGACAUUGUUUUUGCCCAAACGUGCGGGCUAAUCGUCUUUAUAAGAGUAGAGACGGUUAGCAAUUCAAAUUUGGUAGCGUCAAGGCAUAUUAAAAGGGAAAAGACCUCAUUACACGUUGACGAGCAUCACUCAAAAACGUCUUUGCUCAAGCUCCCUUAUAAGUAUUAUAUUAUGACGCGUUUUAGAGAGAUUUGAUUAUAUUUAUCUUUCUCAGCGAUUUCUUGAACAAAAUAUAGUACUUACAUACCGCAGUCACAUUCCAAGGAAUUGAUUCAUUUUUACAAGUCCGGACGAGAAACAGAAAAUCAUCGAAAAAUAUUUAUUGUAAAGUUUUAGUGAUCUGUUUGCCAAAUUCACGCGUCCGUCUUCUAUUCUUCUAGAUCUCGCAAUCCAUCUUUGUGUUUACAUACAAUCUUUGUUGACCAAUAGAACGUACGAUAAAAAAACCAUUAACUCUUUGUGAAGACUUAACGACACAAAGAACAACAACGUUGACUGGAAGAGCACGAAAAGUUGAAUAUUAUUAAUAACAGAUCAUGUUGGUCAUAUUAUAUUUAAAUGGCAAACUGUAUAUUUUUGUUAUAAAUAUUUUCAUACCUUCUCAAUCAUGUUUGUAAAUAUCUUUUUUAAUGGUUAUUUAUUUAGAACUCGCUUUUUAUAAUUCAAGCU